GAUCAGUUAAUUGUCUACCAUUCCGCAACGGCCUUUUGACUUUGAAAUUUCAAGUGUCCAAGUCCAAUGCAUUAGUUGGGCAUGAAAGUAAUUUUGUGCCCCCCCCAAAAAAAAAAAAAAAAAAAAAAAAGAAAAAGAAAAAGGGCCGUCGCCACUCGCUAUAUAUGACUGCAAUUUUCUGCACAAAUGCAUUUUAACUCCUUCCCUUUGUAAUAGUACAAAACGUGCCAACAAAAAGAAACUCUUCCUCCCACGAUUUUGCCUCCAAAAUGUCAAGUUCUGGUUAUGAUCCGAAGCUAACUCCUCAUGUGGCUCUGCUUCCAAGCGCUGGCAUGGGUCAUCUCACACCCUUCAUUAGGCUUGCUGUUUUACUCACAACCAGCAAUGUACGAGUCACUUUCAUCACUCCAUAUCCAACUGUAUCACUUUCCGAGUCACAGAGUUUAUCCCACUUGUUCUCUACCUUUCCUCGGAUUACUCGAAAGCAGCUUCAUCUCCUUCCAUUAGAAGAUCCUUCUGCCAAAUCUGAAGACCCUUUUUACUACCACUUCGAAGUGAUUCGUCACUCUUCUCAUCUUCUAUCUCCUCUCCUCUCCUCACUCUCCCCACCGCUCUCUGCUCUUAUCACAGACAUGAGCUUGGCCUCCACAGUUAUUCCUAUAACCGAUGCCCUUCAACUCCCAAACUACAUUUUCUUCACAUCAUCUGCCAAAAUGUUGACACUUUUCCUGUCCUUCCACAUCAUGGUAGACCCAAGAGAUAGAUGUGAAACAAGCGAAAUGAAAGAUUUCAUCAAAAUUGCGGGGUUGGAACCAAUACCCAGAUCAUGGAUUCCCCCUCCACUUUUACAAGACACUAAGAAUCUCUUGAAGAGCUAUUUCAUUGAAAAUGGCAAGAAAAUGACAGAAUCAAGUGGAAUUCUGGUAAACACAAACGAGACUGUAGAUGGCGAGUCGCUAGAAGCGCUAAGCAAAGGCAAAGUGUUGAGAGGUUUACCACCAGUACAUGCCAUUGGACCACUUCCUCCAUUCAAUCUCGAGCAGAGCCAACCUUUAGCGUGGCUUGAUGAUCAACCACCUGGAUCGGUGUUGUAUGUCAGCUUCGGAAGUAGGACAGCUAUAUCAAGAGAGCAGAUCAGAGAGUUAGGUGAUGGAUUGGUGAGAAGUGGUAAAAGGUUUCUGUGGGUUGUUAAGGAUAAGAAAGUUGAUAAAGAAGAUAGCUUGGAAUUGAUGGACAUGAUGGGCCAGCAGUUAAUGGAGAGAAUGAAGGAAAAAGGCUUUGUGGUGAAGAACUGGCUGAACCAAGAGGAAGUACUAAGCCAUGCAGCAGUUGGUGGGUUUUUAAGUCACAGUGGUUGGAAUUCCAUCACUGAGGCUUUAUGGCAUGGCGUGCCCAUGUUACUGUGGCCUCAACAUGGGGACCAGAAAAUCAAUGCAGAACUGGUUGAGAGAAUUGGAGUUGGGAUGUGGGUGAAGAGUUGGGGCUGGUGUGGAGAGGCAAUGGUGGUUAAAGGGGAAGAGAUUGCAGAGACAGUUGGAGAGUUGUUGGGAAAUCAAUUCAUGAGAUCGAGAGCAGCCAAGGUUCGAAAUGAGGUUAGAAUGGCAGUUGAUGAAGGUGGGAGUUCAUAUAAGAGACUUGCUGAUCUCAUUGAGUCUUGGAAAGGGUUAGUGGUUGUAUGAUUUUUCUGUAGUUUUCUU